AUGGGAGCGUGGAAACUCGCCGUUUACUCGGCGGCAACGGCGCUCGGCGUCGUGGCAGCUGGCGACGUGAUGGUCUUGACGCCGGACAACUUCGAUGAAGUCAUUGACGGCUCGAAGCACGUGCUGGUCAAGUUCUACGCGCCGUGGUGCGGCCACUGCAAGAGCCUCGCGCCGACGUACGAGACGGUCGCGACGGCCUUUAAGAAAGCGGACGACGUGGUGGUGGCCGACCUUGACGCCGACAAUUACAAGGACCUUGGCACCAAGUUCGGCGUCACGGGCUUCCCGACGCUCAAGUACUUUCCUAAGGGCUCGACCGAGCCGGCAGCCUACGAAGGCGGUCGCAGUGAAGAGGACUUUGUGGCGUUUCUGAACGGCAAAGCCGGUACGAACGUGCAGGUGGUUCGUCCCCCGAGUCACGUGGCUGCGCUGACGGACUCGGACUUUGACGAACAAGUGAUCCACUCCAACAAACACGCGCUGGUCGAGUUCUACGCGCCGUGGUGUGGCCACUGCAAGAGUCUCGCUCCCAUCUAUGAGGAAGUGGGCGGGAUCUUUGAGGGCGAAGACGAUGUGCUCAUUGCCAAAGUGGAUGCAACGGCCAACCCCGAGCUGGCAAAACGCUACAAUGUCAAGGGCUACCCGACGUUGUUCUACUUUCCUCCAGGAGCGGACGAGCCAGAGGACUACUCGAAUGGCCGGGACAAGGCCUCAUUUGUUGAGUUUAUCAACGAGCAAGCGGGCACGCACCGUUCGGAGGAUGGAAGUCUUACGACUGCUGCUGGCCGCGUUGAGCAGAUCGAGUUGGCGAUCACGGCGAGUGGCGGUAUCACGGCAGAUGUGCUGGAGAAGACGCAGACAAUUGUUGACGGCCUCGAGGGCAGCGACGCCAAGUACGGGUUGCUGUACUUGAAGACGAUCAAGAAGAUUGUGGCGAAGGGCCCUUCGUACGUGGACUCGGAGAUCACGCGCCUCGAGGGGCUGCUGGCCAACGACAACGUGACUGCGCAAAAGAAGACGCUCUUUGGCCUGCGCAAGAACAUCCUCGCGUUCUUCCAGGAGAAGCAGAACGAGAAGACGGAAUUGUAA